AUGUAUUACCACUCUGCAAAAGUGUGUUUGGUUUCUGUGCUUUUGAUCCUCUCCACGCGUUUUCGCGCGUCAGCUGCGCGCAAGAAGAAAACCCCCGAGAGGAAACCUGAGCUCUCCUUGCCCACGGUCACCUGCUCCGCCCGGGGGAUAAAAGCUGUGUUCGAUGCCCUGGUCAAAAAUAACGUGCAUGUUAGAGAUCUUACAGGCGCCACAGUCCCAGUGUCACAGUCUGAGUGGUCCUGUGGAAUGAAACUGGGCAAAGACAAUAACAGGACCUCAGUUUUCAGCAGAUAUGACAGCUGCUACACUCAGGUUGAGGGCAACAAAGUGGUCGUCCCGCUGCAUGUCCAACAGAAACAAGACGACCGGUGGAUCAGGGUGAACAUCAGCUGUCCCCUCAUCAAAAGACGCAGUGAGAGGACCCAGAUGACCCCAAGCUCCCCUCCAGCGUUCCCUGGAAACUGCGACACUGAACAAGAGCUGCGAUUAGAUUGUGGCCCGCAACACAUUUCGGGUGACGCCUGCCUCAAAAUAGGAUGCUGCUAUGACGAUCAUGACUCCCACUGCUACUACAGGCUCGAUGCCUGUUCCCUGGACGGACACUUUGUGUUCUCAGUGAAGGCCACAGACUCGCACCCACCCAUCGAUCCCAGCAACCUCAUAAUCAAGAAUCAGCCUCACUGUUUCCCCGCAGUCACAACCACCGACACUGCCGUCUUCAAGAUAGGCGUCAUGGAGUGUGGGGCAACGAUGAAGUUCGAUGGAGAUGCGCUGAUCUACGAGGUGGAAGUGGAGGAGAUUUUUGCUACAUCCAAACAUUCCCCCUUUAGUCUCCAGGUGCAGUGCGACUACGCACUGUCAGAUCUAACGCGUGCUCAGGACCUGCGGUCUUUCAAAUCUGUGACCAAUCCACCGCCUGUGGUUGCAGUAGGGAACAUCAGGGUGCAGAUGAGAAUCGCCACAGAUCCGUCUUUCACCUCGUUCAUUCCCGAGGACCAGCUCCCACUGACACUGCCGCUCCGUGAAGCUGUGAACGUGGAGAUCUCCAUUGUGCAGCCGUCUCCAGAUCCCUCGCUGUCCCUGCGCGUCCGAGAUUGCUUUGCCUACCCUGUGUCUCGACACUCUGUGUGGACGCUUCUCUUCGAUGGAUGUCCGAACCCUCUGGACAAUAUGGGAAGCUCAGUCCCUGUGGAUAAAAUGGGAAAAGCCACCUCCCACUCCCAGGUCAGGAGGUUCGACGUCAAGACAUUUGCCUUCCUGGAGCCACAUACGGGUCAUGCAAGUGCGGAGAAAAUGUACUUCUACUGUUGGGUGGAAAUCUGUACACCCGAUGCCGACUGCGCACAACACUGCACCAUUAUUUCAUCCGAGGGUGAGAGACAUCGGAGAGAGGCUGGACUGGACUCCAACCAGGUCCAGCUGGUCUCCAUAGGGCCGCUGGUGCAGAAUGGCGAAGAACCCGACGACAACGCGUGCGAGACACAGAAGAUCGUGUAUCAGAUGGCGGUAUAUACCCUCACCAGUGUCCUCGCUGCUCUGCUUCUGAUCCUGCUCUGCAUCGCAUGGUCAAACAUCAAGAGGCGUCAGGAGACGGAGGAGCUUCGAGCAUGUGACGCACAGUCCCAAUGA